UAAAGCCAGGUAGAUCAUAAAAGUUACCUAAACUACUCUUUUACAACCAACAUAUGUAUUGUUCUUAUAAUUCAUUGCAUAAGUUCAUUUUGGAUUUUCAUAUGACAUUAACUCAAAUCGGAUUAACAUAUCUGUAUAUGUGUCGGUGAUUAAGACACUUCAUAGUGGAAACUAACGUAGCAACCGUAUAAAGACAAGGACGACAUCACUAGUACAAAGGAAGCAGGCAAUGUCUUCCAAUAAUGUUGAUGUAGCCUCUACCGCUGGUGUAGUAACGGGCUUAGAGGCUGGAGCAUUAGCCAUAGCUAUUUUGCUCUCAGUUUUUCUAUCUUGCUUUGAAAAGAACAAACUGGGUGGAAAACCAGGUAUUGUGAUACCGAUAAACUUUUUGCAAGAUGAUAAUCUAGCCAUUGUUUAUACAGCUGCUUUUGGAUGUACUUCAAACCAACUGGUGACUCUGAUAUUUAAUAGUGGAAUGAUUUUAGAUUCGUUGAAUAUUCCGAAAUUAGUUGCCCCUUGGGUAACAGUUUUUAUUUUGCUGAUCAUGGCACUGUUUGUUUCUCUGAAAUUUUAUCCUGUAUUUGCUGUUAUAAGAUGCAGAAGAAUUAUCAUUGAACCAUUGAUUGGCCUGUUCUACACCACAUUCAUAUUUUCAAUCUUAAUUUACCAGCUGACCAAUUCUUUGGAAGUUAGAAGAAUAAAGGCUUACAUUUUAAUUUAUAUACCCACAUCAUUAUGUCAUGUGAUAUUGAUUGGCUAUUUUCUAUACAAAUCAGUUCGUCAAACCUAUAGUUUUGUUAGACGUCUUAAACAGGAUACAGAUUAUGAGGGCUCCAAACCUUGCACAAGCAAGCUGCAAUAUAAUUAUGUGAAGUGGUUAUUGAAAAAACCAGAAUGUGACAUAAAAGAAAAAGGCUCAGGAUUGAAGAGGUCAAUCCAGGCUUACAGUAAAGAUAUAAAGAACAAAAUUGGCGUGAGGUCUCCUCUACAUGCUUCACCUAGAGUAAUUGCAACCUUUUUUGUAGCAGGAAUUGUGUUAUUUCAGGUUGGCAUGGAACUGCUCACUCUUUAUAUCUUUUAUAAACCUGGACUUCUGUUUACGACAUACAUCCAAACUGAAUUAUUCAACACAUCUGAAGAGGCAUCAGUACCUAAAUUUGAAACCUUACUUACUGUUGCAGAUGUUGGUUUUUACGUGUCAUUCUCUCUGUCCAGCAUAUUCAUGGUCGGUUACGUCAUUGCAAUCUUCAUCAGUUAUCGUAAAGAUCUCGAAAAGAUGCAAAGAGGAGACUACACAUUCUUGCCAAUGAAAUUCAGAAAAAGUUUAAAUGACAAUCUAGUCGCAUCAAGUUUACAAUAUUCUGGGGCACAGAUUGCAUAUCUAGUAUGGUGUUACUUAUUAAUAAUACUGAUGUUAUGGAUACUCUGCUUUAUGAUUGCCUACAUUAUAAUUUUGCCUCUAGCUGGAAAGGUCCCAUUUUCAUAUUUUCAUCCAGUUCUUAUUACACUACCGUUGAUGAUGAUCAAUUUCGGCUUUGAGAAACUACAAGUCUUUUUAUCAAGAACAUUCUUCCUGCAGGAUUAUGCUGUUAUUAUGCCUAAAGGGAUAAAAACUCAGAAAGCUCUUGCUUUGGACAAUAUAAAAAUGUUCAACAUAUUGUCUUUCUUCAUGUUCUUCUUCCACGUUAUUAUUGGGUUUAUAAGUUGUAUAAAUAGGAUUUUGGAUGGUGUACGGAUCGGUCUGGUAUCACUAGCCAGGAUAGAUAAGUGUAUGCUUCCAAGAGGUUAUGAGAAGCUUGACAAAGGCUAUUCGACUUAUAUUGGUAUGUUAAUGGUAGAGGUUCAUCACAGAAAUCCAGUAGCGUCAGUUUUUUGUAACGAAUUACUAGUUACCAGCAGAGAAAGGGGUUGUGCUAACGUGUUACUAACACCUGUCAAUUACACACAAGGGAAUGUCGAAACAAUCAGUCAAAAACAUGGACGGAUUAGCCGUAAAUGGGCUAAGCUAUACACACUUAUCAACAAUCCAUCGGUCAGACGUAAUUAUGAGGAACAGAAAUCUGGAUGUUCAAUUGAACAAGUUGAAAUCGCCAUAUAGUUGGACGAUCCUGUUAACUAUAGGAAAGUAAUUGCUGUAUAAUUCAAAAUUGGCGUUAUUUCGAGGAUUAUUUAUUAGUUUUUAAAAAGAUACUCAUAAUAUCUUAGAAGCUUGAAGAGAUGCAGUAACAAUUUGAAUGGUUAAACGUGGUAUUUAUCAGUUAGUAUGUUGCACAUAUCAUUACACAGCUCCGGAGAAAUAUCUAUAAGGUUCAUAUAAAAAUAAGGAGAUGUGGUAUGAUUGCCAAUGAGACAACUAUCCACCAAAUUUCAAAUGAAGUGGUUGUAAGCAAUUAUAGACAACCGUGGGGCAAGUCGGCUAGUCCGCUGGCUCUGAAUAGAUUGAUGUUUCUGUAAUUUUUUUUAUGUAUGUAUAUAAUGUGUUCUUGCCUGUCAUGUCCAGAUAGUUUUGAGGAUCUAAUAUACAUAAAUAUUCGCCAAUUUCUAGUCUGAAACAAAACUUACUAAUUUUUUUCUGCCUUGAUUUUCUGUUCAAAUAAAUAGUCUGGGCAUUGCACACGCACGUGUAUUCCUGCAAAGUUUAUGACAUUACUAUACGAAAUCUACUUCGAGAACAUCUGCCUAUAUCGGAAUGUAGGUUGGCAUGAUUCCAUUUUAACAGGUAAAUUACUCCGAACUUCUAUAUACAAGAAAAUAAACUUCCGUUUACUGCAACUAUGAUUUUAUCCGAUAUUAUUUAUUAUAGUUUUUCAGUACUUAUGUUUUGGUUGUCUAUUAUGCCGAUAUCAUCAAAUUGAAGUUUUUUUCAAUCAAAUUAUUAACUCUGCCAAAUGUACAUGUGCAGGAAUUUGGCCAGGAAUCUAUUAAUUGUUUUGGCUUUAAUAAUAUCUUAAUAGUUUUGUCAUGUUGAAAAUGCUGAUUGCAACUCUUUAAAGUCUCUUUUUUAUUUAUUCAACGCAAAUGUGAAUGGCGAUACAAAGGCAGUAAUAAAAAAAACACAAUUCAAAGAAAAUCAGAUAACACCAAGUCCAAAUAAGACUCGCAGCGAUUUAGAGUUUGACGCAUUGUAUAAACAUUUGACUUCUGUUGAAGACAAUAUGUUAACCUCUAGAUAUCUGUUAGUUCCUGUAUCGUUAGUUUGCUGUCUGAUUCACGACAGCCAUAUAUUCUUUAAUUCAUGUAUUGCUUUAUAGACGCAAUUUUAAGAUCAUCUGGAUUUAAUCUCCAGACAUCCUCCUAUAUUUUAAUGGCAAAUCUAUCACUCAUUUAUUUUAUUGAUCACGAACGUGUAUAUUUUUUUAUAUAACAUUUUAAAAUUGUCUUAUACAGCCAAAUCUUUUAGACCAAAAAGAGAAAAUUGGUGAUGUGAAAUUUCUGUAAUACUUUUCAUUCAUAUUUAUUACAGGCAUUAUAUUUCUUUUUAGCAAUGUGCCUAACUAGUAACUAGUAUAUGUAAAUUUGCAAUAAGUAUGAAUGAAAGAGUUGUGGGUAUACGUUAAUGAAACAGCAAUAUAACAACACAAACAAAAUAAAAGACAUAAUUAUAUGGGUAGCAAUAUGGUCUGCAAAAUAUAGAAGGUGGAUAUACCAUAUAUGUUUAUACUUUUAAUCGGCCUAAGUCUAGACAAGUUGUAAAUAAGCCUAACCGAGACUAUCAAAGAUAUGCAAUCAACGCAAAACCCAUAAAAACAAAUAAACAAAAGCAUAUACAUGUAACUAAAAACCUCUGUAAAGAGGUAUCUGACAUGGACAGACUAUUAUCACUUCGGUAUUGACUCGGUUAGUGAUAGUAAACGCCUUCACCACUUUGUUUUUCUUUUAAAGUUUCCACCGGUGGAAUAUUCAAUAAUAACAAAGGGUUCAUGGAAGAAUGUACAAUCCAUAUCAUUUAAGAAAAGACACAAAGUACUAUAAUACCAGUAUCACGGACAACAGAGAGGUAAGUAAAUACUAAAAACAAAAUAAAUGAUUAGAGUUCAGGUUUCAGUUUUGGUUUCGGAAUGUUGAAUUGCCAAUACUGUCUGAAAUCCGCAGUGUGAUGAUUCUCGUUGUUUUCAAUGGUAGAAUUUCUCAUCAAUUGUUGUUUUUACAUGUGCAUCGAUUUCUGAUUUGAAUACAAUUUGGAUAUUUAUCAAAACAAAGGCAUACAUUUAUUUUCAUUUACAUAAAAUAAAUACUAGUUAAAUAUGUUAAUAUUGGAUAGUAUCUUGCGUUCUAUUUUUCAAUUAGUUUCGUCUGUAAGUUCCACAUUUAGUUUUUACUAAUUGUGUAAUUUGGAUGUCGUAAUACAGUUGGGUCAUCAAUUUUAACUGGUUAACUGGAUAAUAUGCAUUUUAACUUUUUUGAGUGUUUCUGAUUAUGGUUGUUCUAACAAUGUGUGUCAUUGUAAAAAAUAUCACUAUUGCAUUUACAUUCAUCACACAUAUAUCUGUCGGUACUGAAGGCAAAAUACUUUGUAAUUAUGUGUUACAUUAUAUUACAUUUCGUUUUAAUAUAUGUUGUUUGGUAGCAUUAAACAACAGAAAGAGACAAAAAUAUCAGAUUUUUUUACAAUUUGAAUUUCAUACUUCAUACGCAGCAUUUACAAUUUUAAUGAAGCAACUGUUUGCAUAACUGUUUUUAUUGUGGGCGUGCAUGUUCAUAUUGAUAUAUCUUUAUUAUGUCUUUACUAUAAUCAUUAUUUUGUAAAUUUUAAAAGUCAUUGUAGUUUGUAUAAAAUGAAUGUAAUUUUUAGUCCUUUCCGAAAUACAAGUAAGAUUUAUAUAUUUGUCUGAAUCUAGAUUUCUGUAGAAAAUAUGUUAUAUUUGUUAAUGAUGCAAGAAUAAAGUGCACUUUAUUUUACUAAAUGUUAUUUUUGUUUUUAUUGUUUGUUUGAUUUAGUUGUUUGCUAAUAGUUUUGUUUUACUUUGAUUUUUUUAAAUGCAUCUAUUACUGUUGUUGUUAUAUAUAAUUUCUAAUCCAAGAAUUCAAAUAUUGAAAUAUAUUUAACGUGUGACUGAACAACACAUGAAUUCACAAACGCGAGUAGUGCAUCAGUGUGUGUGUGUGUAAAUUGGCCCGAGUUAUUUCGUAGUGAAUUUUUUUUUAAGACAAUAAAUUAAAAUUAAAAAACAAAUCGUACCUGCUAUAUCUCAAAAAGAUUUUUACAGUGUAGUGUACUACUUUUGGGACAAAUAAUUUCAAAAUUAAAAAAGUCUACCAGCUCUUACUCAAGAUAUGAAGAAUGCUUUGUAAAGGGGUCUAUAAUUCAGUUUAACAGCUUCAGACAUACUAAUUUUUUUACUUUUUUAAACUGGACCAAAUCACUACUUUACAUAAAAAUUUCUCAUCCAAAUUUUUUUAACAUGUAAUGUCAUGCCCUUCUUAAAAAUUUAUGCAUAAAAUAUAAACAAAUAAAUUUAGAAAGUGUAUGAAAAAAAUUUGCAAGUUAUACAGUGGGGACUAUAUUUGUCAAGGACGAUAACUGUGUCUUUGGACCUACUGACGAAGCGGGAAUAAUACAAAAGUAACUCUUCUUAUGAAUAAUAUAACAAUCAAAAGUUGUAUACAUCAGUAACCAAACUUAUAAAAAUGAUUUUCAAAGCCACAAUCGAAUAUUAUUAUAUAUAAUAUAUUUAAACAAACAAAAAAACAAAAAACAGCAUAAAAUGUGGUACGAAAGAUGCGCGUUUCGUCGAGAAAAAAAUUAUCAGUGGCGCUCGAAUCAAAUCAGUAGCUGAUUUGAAAGAUACUUGCAAAUGCAUAUGUUUUUUUUUUAUAAUUGAAAUAAAUGCAUUAGAAGCUUGUUAUACUGUUAUUCAAAAAUAAAUCCAUUCCAGGGAACAAUUUCCCAAAAUCGAUUUUUCACGACCAAGAACGCUUUUUUCCCAAGAAUAUUCUAUAUAUAUAUAAUAUUGUGUUUGUGUGAAUAUAACGUUAUAUCUGUUCAUGUUAAAAAAGAAAAGGGAAUAUUUUUUUUUUAUAAGAAUGAUUAUCUAUUAAAGGAUUUUACUCUUUUGUUUAAAGAAUUUUAAGCACUGGUCGUCUCCACUUUUCUACAUGAAUGUGUCGUCUUCUCGAUGUUUUCGCAUUUAAAGUUUAAACAGAAUAAGAUCAGUUUGAAUUUGACUAGUGACUGUAAAAGUGUUAAUCUUUGCUGCAUAAAAAUCUAUUGUCUUGAUAUUUUGAUUCCAUAUCUCUAUGGACUAGUUGCCCAGAUAUAAGGAGAAUAGACCAGUUCUAAGGACGCAUUCAGCAAAAGAAACGAAAAUAAAGUUCAUCGGAAGAUACCAAGACCUUGUUGAUAAAUAUUCCGUAUCAACAUCACAAAUAAUACACGAUGGCCUUGAAUUAUAGAUUCUAGGUACUGGCGUUGUUUAUCAUCUUAAUUACGUGCUAUAGUGUUCUUUUUUAUGUCUUUGUAAAUUAUUUACUUAACUGUAUAUAAAAAUAAGGAGAUGUGGUAUGAUUGCCAAUGAGACAAUUAUCCACCAAAGUAUAAAUGAAGUGGAUGUAAGCAAUUAUAGGCAACCGUACGGCCUUCAAUCCAUUUUUGGUAAUAUCCUCUUGGCGUGGUUCGGUACUUAUACAUCCCGCCAAUGUGUUGUUGUGCGAUCGUCAUUUUUUGUGUUCUUGUCUUUCAUUUUUGCUUAUGUGCUUUGUCUAUAUGCCAUUUUGUUUUUCUUUGUUGACAUAUUAGUUUGUUUUUAUGACUAGUAACGUUCUCGCGAAUUAAGUGCAAAACUUUGAAGAGUUCGAUUUUUUAGUGUUUGCAGGGGAGGUAAUUAUUGCAACUACAUUUUCCACUAACGCAUGAGAUAAUUAUCACUGUUUUUUGGUCCCAAGUAAAUGUCUUGGAUAUUUGAAUUCCUGGAUUAGUUAUUCUUUUUAUUACGUUAACUUUUAAUGCAAAAAAAAUAAGAAAGAAAAUGCUAGGAACUAUAUCUUUUUCUACGGGCUCUCACUUCGUUUUGAUGCAACGUCAUUGAAAACUUGUUGACAAAACCUAUUGCUGUAUAUCGUCAGAGGAGUGAAAUUAGAGAAUUUCAAGGAAAUCAUUGUAUUUAAUUGCAACCAAUGUUAUAUUUGUUUUAGUAUGCAUUUAUUCUACAUCUAUGAAUUUUGUUUUAAAAUAUUGCAAGUAAAUCAUUGUAUUUAAUUGCAACCAAUGUAAUAUUUGUUUUAGUAUGCAUUUUACAUCUAUGAAAUUUCUUUAUAAUAUUGCUUUUUCAUGAAUAAAGACAACUGUCGAAUAAGACUUUUUAA